AUGUCAAGCCCCCUCAAGCUCGCCAUCUUCAGCACAAAGUCCUACGACAAAACCUACCUCUCAACCGCUCUAUCAGCACACCCAACCCUCUCUUCCAAAACCGAAAUAACCUACCACCCCUUCCCAUUGAGCCUCGACACCGCCCCCCUCGCAGCAGGCCACACCGCAGUCUGCGCCUUCGUAAACGACACCCUCGACGCCCCCGUCCUCCGCACCCUCCACGCCUCCGGAACCCGCGUCAUCCUCCUCCGCUGCGCAGGCUUCAACAACGUCGACCUACCCGCCGCCGAAGAGAUCGGCCUCUUCGUCGCAAAUGUGCCCAGCUACAGCCCCGAGGCCGUAGCCGAGUUCACGCUUGCGCUGCUCCAAACGCUGAACCGCAACAUCCACAAGGCGUAUAACCGGGUGCGCGAGGGGAACUUCAAUCUCGAGGGGUUCCUGGGCAUGACGUUGCACGGGAAGACGUUUGGGAUCGUGGGUGUUGGGCGGAUUGGACUUGCGCUUGCGAGGAUUGUCCGUGGGUUCGGAUGCAGACUGCUAGCGAGCGAUCCGAAGCCCGGGAUGUCGGGCGAGGAAUUCAAGGCGCAGUAUGGCGGUGAGCUUGUGGAGUUGGAUACGUUGCUUGCGGAGAGCGAUAUCGUCAGUCUUCAUUGCCCUCUUGUGCCGGCGACGCGGCAUAUCAUUGACACCGGGAAUCUGCGAAAAUUGAAGAAGGGUGCGCUGCUGGUGAAUACAUCGCGCGGACCGCUGGUCAAUACGAAGGCUGCGAUUGAGGCGCUGAAGAGCGGGCAGUUGGGUGGUCUUGCGCUGGACGUGUACGAGGAGGAGGGCGCGUACUUCUACAACGACCACUCCAACGAGGUUAUACACGACGACACGCUGAUGCGGCUGAUGACGUUUCCGAAUGUGCUUGUUUGCGGGCAUCAGGCGUUCUUCACGCGCGAGGCGCUGACGGAGAUUGCGGGGACGGUGUUGGGGAAUCUCGAGGAUUGGGUUGAGGGGAGGCGUUGUGUCAAUUCCUUGGUUAGCGAGGGGCAUUUGGAGGUUCCCGAGGGGAGGGAGCCUGUUAGGAUGUAG